AUGGCUGCUUCACCGGCAUUAAUGAAGUCUGACUCGAUAGCAGAUAACAUGCCUGAAGCAUUGAGGGAACGAAGGUACCUUAUGAAAAGGUGUUUUGCGAGGUACUUACAGCAGGGGAAACGGUUGAUGAAGCUUCAUCAUCUUAUGGAUGAGAUCGAGAAGUCUAUUGAUGACCAAGCUGAAAGAACUCAGGUCUUGGAAGGCACACUUGGCUACAUUCUGUGCUCUACCCAGGAAGCGGCUGUUAUUCCUCCGUAUGUUGCCUUUGCGGUAAGACCGAGUCCAGGCUAUUGGGAAUACGUUAAAGUGAAUGCCCAUGAUCUCACUGUUGAAGGCAUUAAUGCUACAGAGUACCUGAAAUUCAAAGAGAGCAUAUAUGAUGAGAGCUGGGCCAAAGAUGAAAAUGCUCUAGAAGUGGACUUUGGGGCCCUUCAGUACUCUACUCCGCGCCUUAACUUGUCGUCUUCUAUAGGAAAUGGGAUGAAUUUCAUAUCUAAGUUCUUGAGUACAAAACUAUGGGUAGAGAAGGAGGCUGCAACCCCUCUAGUUGAGCACCUACUGUCAUUAAAUCACCACGAUGACAAACUCAUGAUCAAUGAGACCCUGAACACGCCAGCAAAGCUCCAGGCUGCAUUGGUUGUGGCUGAUGUGUUUCUAUCAUCGCUAUCUCCCGAUACACCAUAUCAAAAUUUCGAGUUGAGAUUCAAGGAGUGGGGUUUUGAGAAAGGAUGGGGAGAUACCGCUGCAAGAGUCAGAGAAAUGAUGCGUUCGCUCUCUGAGGUACUCCAGGCUCCGGACCCAAUGAAUGUUGAGAGAUUCUUAGGCAGGCUUCCGACGAUCUUCAAUAUUGUGAUAUUCUCAGUACACGGUUACUUCGGCCAAGCCAAUGUUCUUGGCUUGCCUGAUACUGGGGGCCAGGUGGUUUAUAUUCUGGAUCAAGUCAGAGCACUAGAAGAGGAAUUACUCAUCAGAAUCAAGAAUCAAGGGCUCAAUGUAAAGCCUCAAAUUCUAGUGGUCACCAGGUUAAUACCAGAAGCUCAAGGAACGAAGUGCAAUCAGGAACUGGAAUCAAUUGAAGGCACAAAAUACUCUAACAUACUUCGCAUUCCGUUUAGAACAGAAAAUGGGAUCCUCCGUCAAUGGGUAUCCCGUUUUGACAUAUAUCCAUACCUUGAGAGGUUUACCCAGGAUGCCACGACCAAAGUUCUUGAGCUUAUGGAAGGAAAGCCUGACAUCAUAAUUGGAAAUUACACAGAUGGAAAUCUGGUUGCAUCACUCAUGGCAAACAAGCUGGGAGUUACACUGGGCACUAUAGCACAUGCCUUAGAAAAGACCAAGUAUGAAGAUUCAGAUGUCAGCUGGAAAGCAAAGGAUCAUAAGUACCAUUUUUCAUGUCAGUUUACAGCAGAUAUAAUUGCAAUGAACUCAGCAGAUUUCAUCAUCACCAGCACAUAUCAAGAAAUUGCAGGAAGCAAAGAUAGACCUGGCCAGUAUGAAAGUCAUGUGGCAUACACUCUUCCAGGACUAUACAGGGUGGUUUCAGGCAUCAAUGUUUUUGAUCCCAAAUUCAAUAUAGCUGCACCUGGGGCCGACCAAUCUGUCUACUUUCCGUUCACAGAAGCACAGAAACGGUUCACACACUUCCAUCCAGCCAUUCAAGAGUUACUGUUUAAUGACAAAGAUAAUGACGAACACAUUGGAUUCCUACAAGACAAGAAGAAACCAAUUAUUUUCUCCAUGGCACGGCUGGAUACAGUGAAAAAUAUCACUGGAUUAGUUGAGUGGUAUGGAAAGAAUGAUAGGCUCAGGAGUCUUGUCAACCUUGCUGUCGUGGCAGGAUUCUUUGAUCCCUCGAAAUCCAAAGAUAGAGAAGAAAUGGCUGAAAUAAAAAAGAUGCACUCAUUGAUAGAGAAAUACAAAUUGAAAGGCCAAUUUAGAUGGAUUGCUGCCCAGACUGAUAAGUACAGAAACGGAGAGUUGUAUCGGUGCAUUGCUGAUACCCGAGGUGCUUUUGUGCAACCUGCUUUAUACGAAGCAUUUGGUCUUACAGUCAUUGAAGCAAUGAACUGUGGAUUGCCCACUUUUGCUACCAAUCAAGGGGGGCCUGCAGAGAUUAUUGUUGAUGGAGUCUCUGGCUUUCAUAUUGACCCCCAUAAUGGAAAUGAGUCGAGCAACAAAAUUGCCGACUUUUUUCAGAAAUGCAAAGAGGAUGAAGAACACUGGAAUAUGGUCUCAGCAGCCAGUUUACAACGAAUCUAUGAAUGCUACACAUGGAAGAUUUAUGCGAACAAAAUGUUGAAUAUGGGCUGCAUGUACACGUUCUGGAAAAGGAUGAACAAAGAGGAGAAGCAGGCGAAGCAAAGAUACGUUCAAAUGUUCUACAACCUUGAAUAUAGAAACCUGGUGAACAGUGUGCCUAUCCCUACUCAAGAAGUUCCAAAGCCAGUACCAAAGCCAACAGUAAGGCCGCUGCACCCAAAAAGCACCAGACGUCAACCGAGUCGAAUUCAGAGGUGGUUCGGUGCAUAACUCCAAGCACAACAAAACCUGAGAGUUCUUCAUCCAUCAAGUCUGAAGCUCCAAGCAAUGUCAUCCGCAAACUGCUUUUGAUACUUCUCCUCCUGUUUCUAUACUUUUUAGUGCAUUGUAUCUAUACCUCAACUUACUAUAGUCAAAAGGCAUUGCCCAGUGAAUAAAU